CUGACUGUAGAAAUUUCACAAAGAAAGGUUCCUUGUGACCCCUGGUAAAGGAAACCAUCUCCCCAAGUUAAAACCCCCACUGACAACUCAAAAGCGGACUUCACUUUAAAGUGAGGCUGCGGACCCCUGACCCCGGUCAAGCCCCGCCCCUUCCUGGUUGUCUUAGCGACGGUGGUGGCGUCCCAAGAUGGCGUCGUGGCUGCCGGAGACUCUGUUUGAAAUUGUAGGACAAGGCCCGGCGCCGAGCAAAGACUAUUACCAGUUGUUGAUCACCCGAACUCAGAUCAUCUUUAGAUGGUGGAAGAUUUCUCUGAGAAGUGAGUAUCGGUCAGCAAAACCUGGAGAGACAAAGGAAACUCAUGGAGACUUCCUCGAUAACUCUCAUCUCCAAGUUCAAGUCGCCGUAGUAUUUGGUGCAAAAAUAUUAGACUAUGUCUUCAACCUGUGCGAAGGUAAAUUUGACUACCUGGAGCGGCUCUCUGACAAACUGUUGCUGAAGAUCAUCUGCUACCUGGACCUGGAAGACAUUGCCAGGCUUGCUCAGACAUCAAGCAGGUUUGAGAAGCUGUGCAAGAGUGACUCACUGUGGGAGCAGAUAGUCCAGUCCGCCUGUGACACCAUCACCCCUGACAUGCGGGCCCUGGCGAAGGACGUGGGCUGGAGACAGAUGUUCUUCACCAACAAGAUCCAGCUCCAGAGGCAGAUCCGCAAGAAGAAGCAAAAACAGGAAAAGCCGGCGAAGCAAACCUAGGGUCUGCCGUUCCCACCAGUGGGGCCACGGUGGGGCGUCGUCUCUUCAGGUCCACGUCUCACUCUCUCUUAACAGCAGGUUUUGCUGAUUCCAGGCAUCACUUGAAAAUUCAAAUUUUGCACACACAUGCAAAUCCACCUAGUGCCUUGCUUGAGCAAACUCCCCUGUCUUGCUCAGGCCAAGCCAUGGCCCAAGUACUAAGGGCUUCGAGCCAGGAAGCCUCUCAGACCACCACCUCCCUGAUCCCCUGUUGCCCCUGA